AUGGAUAAUACUCGUUUACGUUCGACUAUUCUGAGCGCCAUAGAUCGUCUAAAUGAUAACGAUCUAGUCUGUCUUCACUCCUGCCUCGGCGAUGACGUACCACGAAGACUUCGAGAUGAUCGAACACGUAGUGGAACUCUCAAGCUAAUAGAUUCACUUUUUGAUCGAAAUAAAAUUAACAACGAAUAUUUGACUUAUCUAAUUCAAGUAUUUGACCAAAUUCAAUGUUAUGACGCUGCGAAGCCGUUAAAGGAAUAUAUGAAGCAAAAUCGAGCAAUGGUAACAAGUCAACUUGUACGAAGUCCACCAUUAGGAGCGGCCGUUUUUGCUGAUGCAUUCGAAGACGAGGAUAGAAUCUCAGAAGAUUUAAUUUUGCAUUCCUCAAAUGAACUGUACAAAUCCGACUGGAAGAAGCCGUUAUAUACUUCUUUUCAUUCUGGUGCGUUUGAACCCGUAUGA